AUGGAUUCCAGUACGGCCUCAUCAUUUUUGCCUCUCGAUUAUCACAACCUGAAUCAACACAGGCAACAAACGGGGAAAACGGAUUGCAAAGUUCGCGGAAAAGCGGAUUGUUAUUAUUAUUCGUGCAUGAUUGAAAAUGGAAAACACAACAACAUGAUAACGGAAAUUCCAAUAAAAAAACAAACUCUAUCAAAAGCUGUGAUCAAUUUUAAAAAUUCGAGCCUAAUUAAAACCGGUAAUAAUUUAAAAAACGAUUUUAAAAUAUCGUCAAAAAAAAAUUAUUCGUCCGAACGUUAUGAUUAUUCUCAGAGAACGUUGGAUCAUUCGAUAACUCAAAAACUAUUCGACGACAUGGGUAACAUUGCCGGAAGUAGUGAAAACAAUAUUUCAUAUUAUUCAAAUCGCGGUGUCAAUUUAAAUAAAAUUGAUUGUCCAACGACAAAACUCAAAGCCCUUCCAUAUUCUCUCGAUGAUUCUGAUUUGUUCUUAGAAAAUUCAUAUAGAAACAAUUAUAGAGAUUCAGAAAAGUUGCUCCCAUUUACAUGA